CGGUCACAACAAAGGGAGGCUAGCUUUGAAAGAUUUUGUGUCUUGUGAUUUUGACAAAAUUUGUUAGAAUAUUUUGACGAUAUUCUAGUUGAUCAAACCAACUUUUGAAGGGACCAAGAAUGUCAAACAAUCAGCAGCCACCAUCAUAUCAGGAAUCUGUGGGUACAGGGGGCUACACAAACUAUGGGGCACCACAGGGCUCUGCCCCACCAGGUCCACCAGCAGGUCAGUAUGACCCCAGCAAGGGCUAUCCUGCUCCAUCCGGGUACCAUGGUGGGUACCAGCAGUUACCCAGCUACCAGAACCAACCACAGGUCGUUGUACAGCCCCAUCAACAGAUUAUAGUAGUGGGUGGCUGUCCAGCAUGCAGGGUUGGUGUAUUGGAAGAUGAUUUCACAUGUCUUGGUGUUUGUUGUGCCAUUUUAUUCUUCCCUAUAGGGAUUCUGUGUUGCUUAGCGAUGAAGGAAAGGCGGUGUCCAAAUUGUGGAGCAGUAUUUGGAUAAAAUCAGACAAGGAAUUACAGUUGUUCUCAAUUUUACAAGGAAAGUUAUGCAGUUUACUUGUGUUAUUCAUUUAAAAAUUGAAGUUCUCAAUCGUGGAAUACCCAGAAUUUAUCUGAGUUACUUGAAUUAUUACCUACUUUUUGAUAUUGUUUCACAAUUUGAGGCAGGCAUUUUCCCACAGUAGGUUAUCUUUAAAACACACUGUAACUACAUCCGUGUGGAAAUAUUUUGUUUCUUUUAUUGUUUUGAUAUAUAAAGAUACAGUAGCAGGGAUACUUAGAUAUACAGUGCAACUUCUGAAGGACAACACCAUGAGAUGACUGAAGGAGGUAAUUAUUUAUAAGAGGAACUUGUCUAGUUUGAAAUAAGAAUUCUACCUUUGUACACAGGUAUUGCCUAUCUACUUCAGAAGUGUUGUGAACAUACAUUGUAUGUUAUGCUGUAAGCAGGAGUUGUAUUAAAAACUAAUGUCUAUCUUUUUCCAUGUACAAGUUUUAUCAUAGUUAACAUAUAUGCUGUCAUGAGUUUCUUUCUCAUUCUUGCCUAUGCUUGCUUUGAUUAUUCUAUAUUCUUUUUGAGUAAAAGUUUUGAGUAAAUAACCUUAGCUGAAAAACAGAAAUAUUACUGCUUUCGUGAACUUCACUUCAUCUACACUUACAUGCAUUUCACUAUCAAACUUAAAUCUGACAAAAACUUGAAAAAUCAAAAUUGUUGACCUGAAUGUAGCAUGUUUUACAAGUAAUUUUAUAUAGUUAGCGAAAUUCAGUUUGGUUGAGAAAAUUGCUAGACCAUUAGAAAUUAUAUUCUAUCUACUGUACGUUGGGAGAUUUAUCAGUUUGGUUGAGAAAAUUGCUAAAUUGUUAGAAAUUUAUAUUAUAUCUGUAUGUUUGGAGAUUUAUAUUAUCUUAACAUUUUGUUAAUUUGAGGGGUUAUACAUAGAAAUCUGCAUUAGUAAUCCAAAAUUUACCUCCACAUAUAAAUAUAGAUAUCCCCCUAUACAUAUAUAUCAAACUGGGUGAAAACAAAUCUUUGAAUAAAUACUUAAAAUUCAGUUUUUUGUGCCCUCAAAAAAUCUAUUGGGUGGGGGGAGCACAUUUAGAGUUGCACUUGUCUCGAAAUUUGUGUUGUGCAUAUCUCAAAAAGUAUUUGACCCAGAGUCAUCAAACCUCACAGGAAUGUUAUUCAGGACAAGAAACUCUGCACCAGAGGUUUAAAUUUGGAUCUCACACAGCCAGACUGGAGUUAUGGCUGUGACUUAAUAAAAAAAUAUACAUAAAAGGAGCCUAAAUUCUUAAAAAAAGUAUUUGACCUAGGAUUAUGAAACAUUACAGGAAUGUUAUUCAGCAUGUGAAGUUGUGCACCAUGGUUUUGCUAAGAGAUAUUACUCAGCCAGACUAGAGUUAUGGCCCUUGACUUAGUCAAAAUAUGCAAACAAGGGCAUAAAAUUUGUCACACAUAUCUCAAAAAGUAUGUGACCUAGGGUUAUAAAACAUUAUAGGAAUAUUAUUCCGCAUGUGAAGUUGUGCACCUGGGAUUUUUUGCUGGAUUUCUAUCAGAUCAGAGUUAUUACCCAUAAUUGUCAAAAUAUGCAUUAAGGGCAUACAAGUUUUCAUGUAUAUUAAAAAGUAUUUGACUUAGAGUCAUAAAACAUUAGGGGAUUGUUAUAUAGCAUGUGAAGUUGCACCCCUGGUGUUUUGUUUGUGAUUUCACUCAUUGACAACCAGACCAGAGUUAUGUUCCUUCACUUAGUGAAAAAUACACAAAGUGCUUAAAAAGUUGUGUUGCACAUAUCCUAAAUAUUUCCCCUAGUCAUGAAACCAUGUAGGAAUAUUAUCCAGCAUGUGACUUUGUGCUUCUAAGUUUUCUUUUAUUUCAUUUUGCAAGAUUAGAGUUAUGGCCCUUGACUUAGUCAAAAAAAUGAAAAGUUUGUUUCCCAUGUAUUUCAAAAUGUACUAGUCAUAGAGUCAUAAAAACAUUAGAGAAUUGUUAUAUAGCAUGUAAAGUUGUGCACUGGGGGUUUCACUCAAUUAGGUCAGAGUUAAAUGGUCCUUCACUUAGUAAAAGAUACACAUGUAUGUGUGCUUAAAAGUUUGUGUUAUAUAUGUCUGAAAAAUAAUUUUACCUAGGGUCAUGAAACCAUGGGUAGUACCAUGUGACAGUAGUGGAGGGCACUUGACUAUGUCCUUUGGACACACAUCUAGUUUCUGUAUAUUUUUGUAUGUUUAACACAUAUUGCUUUUAGUUUAAGUUAAAGUAUGAAAGUAUGCAUUCCUUUUUUCUCUUACAAGGGAUAAAGUGAAAUUGUGUUACCUUUUCUUGUGGUUUUAGAACUUCUAAUCUGAAUUUGCUUGUAUAAUUAGAUGUCCUGGAAAUUUAAGGUUGUAACUGUUACUUACUACCUCAUAUGACCUACAACACAAUUUUUGGAAACUGUAUUAAAAGGGCAAUAACCUGAGCAUAAAAUCAUAAUUCUGUAACCCUGUUUACUGAACCAAAAAUGACAUUUCCCUGCUGAAUUUCUAAAAUGGACUUGUCCAUCUUUCAGUUUUGGCAAUACCAUUUAUUAUUCAAAGAGGUGUUCACUGAAAAUUUUAUGACUUAAUAGCAAACAGUGCAGACCAUGAUCAGUCUGCAUGGAUGUUCAGGCUGAUCUUGGUCUGCACUGGUCGCAAAGGCAGAAUCACUUGCAACCAGCAAGUUAAAGUUUAAUAUAAGGUUGUAUGUGUUACUUAUGUUCCAUUGAUUGGCCAGUUUUAGAAUAUCUUCUGACAGAAAAAAAAGGUUUUACCUGCUUCUUGCAACUUUUUCAGAGUGCUUUAAAUGUGAUUUCAGAUACAGCAGUUUUAAAGUAAAUAGGUCAUUAUAAAAUAGCAGGUAUGACCUUCCAUUGAAGACAAUUGUAAAAAGCAUAUAUACAUAGCUUCAGCUCCAUAAAUAAAUGACAUUCUGUACUGUCAAUAUGUACAAGCUUGAGCUAUGAGAUACCAGUUUAGAUAGGAACAAUUUCAUUGAGAAACCUAUAA